CUUUUUUCUCUUUUCUCUUUUCUCUUUUCUCUUUUUUUUUUUUUUUAUUACUUUGAUAACUUUGAUAAGAUCUCUACGUAACUGCGACUCAGCAAUGCAUCAGAAUCUACGAUCUGCUUUUGUUGGGAUUCCGUUUUUUUAUUGGCAUCACUAGUGUAAGAUUUGAGCAUUUGAUUUGUUGCCUUUUCAAAACUUUUCUACCAAUGCUUUGGCGCUCAUCCUCAAACGCAUCCAUCCAGUCUUCCGCUAGCGAGUCGAUUCAUUCUUUGGCUGUAAACAAACUGUUAAUUUGCGACGCACUUAUUGAAUUCUGACGUCUUCGACAGCAAAGCUUAUGUUGAGUCAAAAGCGAAAGACGCGAAGGGACCAUUGCAUCCAAGGAAGGAUAAUGUAAUUUCUUGAUUGCGAUUACUGUAAGAAAGGAAAAGAAAAAUAAGAAAAAGGUUUAUAUUCUCCUUCUAGAGUACUGGUUUGCCUUCCACUUGGUUUCGUGGUUCGCUUUUUUCCUGCUCAGUCUUCAUCCUCUGUUGAUUGGAAUCAAUAACUGAAUCAAGGAAGCCAAACAUGACCAAGACAGUAUUUACCUUAGAAAUUCAUAAAAUCCAGGACUCAUCAGUGUUCUCGUGUCCCCAGAAUUCUUUAGCCUCGUUUCUGGCAACGUUUCUCUUUCUUGAUUUUCUUUUGUUUACUCUUUCAUACUACGCUGCAACGCGUUAAAUCCAUCAAAACUUUUGUACCCUAACCUACAAAAACCAGUCACAGUUUAUGCCGACACAGAAGUGAAACUAUCAGGUCAAUUCCUGCCAUCAACACGCAUACAUACUCCUCAUCAAAAUGAAGUACCUUGCAGCUUAUUUACUUUUGACCGUCGGCGGUAAGGCCUCCCCUUCUGCCUCUGACAUCGAAACUGUCCUCUCUACCGUUGGUAUUGAGAGUGAAACCGCUCGCGUCGAAUCUUUGUUGAGCGAACUUCAAGGCAAGAACAUCGAGGAACUCAUUGCCGCUGGUAACGAGAAGCUCGCUACCGUUCCCUCUGGUGGUGCCGCUGCCCCUGCCGCCGCCGCUGCUGGUGAAGCCGCUCCCGCUGCUGAGGAGGCCAAGAAGGAAGAAGCCAAGCAAGAAGAGGAGUCUGAUGAAGAUAUGGGUUUCGGUCUUUUCGACUAAACUUAGCAUUCCCUUGCUAUUUACAUCGUAUCUUCAUACUAAAAAAUAUAUUGCCGUGUUGGUUAUUUGUUACAUCCA